UUGAAAUUGAAACGCACUCGUGAGUGGAUGUAAGAACGGCAAAAAAACUUAAAACAAGAAUACAAAACGCACAGUGAAGAAAGAGUGAAAAAAGAAAAAAAAAACGAAACCGUUAAAUAAACAAGGCUGAAUAUAAACUAAACUUAUACAGUACAAAGUCUUUAUACAACACAAUACAUACACAAAUAUACAUAUAUUUAUUACCAAGUGACGUCAAAAGUGUGCGUUAAUUCUCAAGUACAAGUGCCUCAUACAUAUGUGAUUAUAAUUGUUGUGAAAUAUUGUUAUUAAUAUCCAGAGAGAAGAGAGAGUAAAUAAAAGUAAAAGGAGGAGGAGGAGUAUACACUUAUUCACAUACACAUUCAUAUACCUGAACAAAAGUGCAGUGCUUAAAAGAUGUCAACCAAUUUGCAAAUGGCCACACUCGAGGAAAUUCGCCAUGCAGCGGCACGCAUUUGCCGUGACUACCUAACCGGACGUUGGAAAGUAGUGACCCCCGAGUCGUUGAUAGUAAAACGCAUCAGUGGCGGUCUAUCUAACUUUUUAUAUUACGUAAGUCUGCCCGACUUAGAUGACUUCGAUGAACAGCAGCUGCAGGCAAAUGUCAACGUGGCCAAAGACGUCAUAGCCAGCACCACAACUUUGUCUAAGAAUAGCAACAAACUGUAUACACGCGAUGAGGUGGUUGUAGAUGCGUUGGCGGUGGACAGAAAGGAGACCACAUUGGGACAUAAAAAUGCUGCUGCUGCUUCGCCUGUGGUUGAUGAUGAUGACGAUGCGGCGAUUAGCGCCAAGCAGGCACAUAAACGUCAACGUUUCGAUAGCGACAGUGGCGAUUCGAGUUCAUUGAAACGUUUGCACGCCCCCAAGCAAGAGCCGCGUGAGGUUCUACUGCGUAUUUACGGUCAGACACAUGGCGAUCAUGCGCUGGAGAGUAUGAUCACCGAAUCGGUUGUAUUUGCAUUGCUUAGUGAGCGAAAUUUCGGACCUAAAUUGCAUGGCAUAUUUCCUGGUGGACGGAUCGAGCAAUAUAUACCGGCACGUUCUUUGGCCACUACGGAAAUGGGUGAGGCACGCAUAUCAAUGAAAAUUGCCGAGAAAAUGGGUGAAAUUCAUAGCCUAAAUAUACCAAUGUCAAAGGAACCAGAUUGGAUCUGGAAUUGUAUGAACCGUUGGCUGGCCAGCUUGGAUAGCAUAGUGAAGGGAAAAAUUGAAUCGAAACCAAAUUCAAGUGUUUUGCAUAAGCAACGUGACUUAAUGCGGACCAUUGACUAUGUCAAGGAAAUGGCUUGGUUGAGAUCAGUGAUCGAGAAAGGUGUUUAUCCUGUUGUAUUUUGUCACAAUGAUCUGCAAGAGGGUAAUAUAUUAUUGCGUCAGCCAACGGCUGGUCAGGGUGAACGAACGCCGCGAAUUUCGUUAAGUAGUCUGAGAUCCAACUUUGAUGAGACAUUGGGUGAUAGUUUGGAUGGCAAUAGUAAUAUCUCUGAGCCUGAUGUCAACCGGAAAUCGUCACGUGCCUCAUCGCCCUGCGCCGAGUUGGACACAACAGAUGAUUCUGCCCUGGAUGCCAGUUUCACAUUGGAUAAUGAGCCGGAUCUUAUUAUCAUUGAUUUUGAAUAUUGUGCCUAUAAUUAUCGUGGUUUCGAUUUGGCCAAUCAUUUCAUUGAAUGGACCUUUGACUAUACCAAUCCACAAUUCCCAUACUUUCAUCAUUAUAAACAUCAAUAUGCCACUGAACAACAGAGACGUGAUUUUAUUGUCAACUAUUUGAAGAAAUAUCACGAUGAUGAGAAUUACGAGCCAACAGUUGAGGAAUUGGAUCAAGUCGAUGGCGAAAUACAAUUCUUCACCAUGUUUUCUCAUCUAUUUUGGAGUCUGUGGUCGGUGGUAAAUGUGACAUCAGCCAUUGAGUUUGGUUAUUGGGAAUAUGGCGUAGCACGAAUUUUGGAAUAUCAGCAAUUGAAGGCAGCCUAUUUGGCCAAAUGAUUUUGGGAACUGAGAGGGGAAUAUCUAACUAUAUUGGUCAAUCCUUGCACUUAAAUCGAAUCGAUGCGUACUUAAGUGGUCCCGCCCUGCACCGCCCCGCCGCCAAUGCCGCAAAUAUUCGGAACUCUGGCAAAUAUAUAUGUCCCACACAGUCAACAUCAAGAAUAUAAUAACAACUACUUGAAUAUACAAACUAGAAGAAGAAAUCGAACAAGGUUUAUAAUAACUUUCGUUUUUUAUAUAGUAAAAAAAAUGAGAGAUGAGAUAUGAAAAACAAAAAUCAACAAAAAAAAACAAAAAAAGUCAACAAUUAUUGCUGUGAUUAUUGCGUGAGACAGACAUAAUUAAUACCCUAAUACUUAAUAAUAAGAACGAGAGACGCUGAUGCAACAAGAGAAAAAGUUAACAAUUAAGUUAAUUUACUUAUUUAGUUAAAAUUUGUCGGCUCUCAAAACUGAUUUGAUGGAAAAGUAUUACAGGCAAAAACAAAUUCUAUACUAUAAACCCACUCGGCUUUUACAAAUUUUCUAGCAUUUCUUUGACUUACUUAUCUUAUGCACGAUCGGAAAACUUAACAUACUUUCGAAUUUAUUACUUGUUCGAAUUUGUUUCAGUAGUUUCAUAUUCGAACUUUAGUAUUAUUUUCCU